AUGGAUUUGAUGGAUGUAGACGCGGGCAGUGGCUGUGGAGAAAAAAACUGCGGCCUUACGUCCGGCUUCCCGGAGGACUGCUCCAACCAAGAGUGCCACUGGGAGGAACCUAUGUUUGGACUGAUUGAAUUAGUGUGCGUGACUGUGAUUUACAUCCCCCUGAUGUUAUUUGGCCUCCUGGGAAAUAUACUAACAAUUUUGGUGGUUUGGCUGCGUCCACACAUGAGAACCUCCACCUACCUCUACCUGAGCAGCAUGGCCGUUAGUGAUCUGCUGAUUCUCCUGCUGCUGCCUCUGGAUUUAUAUAAGCUCUGGAGGCCCAGACCCUGGCCCCUGGGAGAUCUUGCCUGUAAGCUGACUAUGUUCCUCUCAGAGUGCUGCACCUUCUGCACCAUCCUCCACAUCACCUUCCUCUCCCUGGAGAGGUACCUGGCAGUCUGCUGGCCGAUCACAGCCAAGACAGUAGUGACACGGCGCAGAACCCGGGCCAUCAUAGGCUGCCUCUGGCUGAGUGCAGCUGUGAGUGCCGCACCAGUGCUGGUCAUGGUUGGAGUUGAGGACGUUGGAGGAGAAGACCUCGGGCUUGUCCAAUGGAAGGAAGACGGGGGGUGGACAGGCAGGGAAGGAGAUCAGGGAGGGUUUACGAUGGGUGGAGGAGAAAAAGAAAGCAGACACAUGAUGAUGUUGGAUGGAGCUCUAGAGGGAAUAAAGUGGGGUGAAAAAGAGACAGAGAGUUGGGAGGAACGAGUCGGUGAGCUGAAAAGGAUUGGAGAAAAAAUGAAGACUGAAACAGCAGAAGUAGAUAACAGGCCACCAGAAAGCAAAGACGGAAAGAUGGGAUUUGAGGGAGAGCAGCAAAACAAAAAGGAAGACGAGGGAGGAGGAAAGGAUGGAAGCUCCAGUGAAGGCCGUGGGGGAGAGACUGACAAGAGAGAGUGCCGCUGUACACAUUUCGCCAUCUCCUCUGGCCUGUUGUCGGCCAUGAUGAUUCUCUCCAAUUUGUAUUUCCUGGUACCUCUCUGCAUUCUGGGACUGGUAUAUAGUCUGAUUGGGCGCACACUGUGGCUCCGCCCAAAAAGCAGCCGUAGAGACCAGAGUCACAGGAACACUGUCAAAAUGCUGGGAGUGAUCGUCUUGGCGUUCGUCUUGUGUUGGCUGCCCUUCCAUGUUGGUCGAACCAUAUUUUCUCUUUCUCUGGGCACUGGGACUGAGAGACAGGAAACUUACUUGGACACUAACUCCCAGUCAGACACUACGACACAUCCUGAUGUCAGCAUGGACAGAAAAGAUGUCACCAUACCCACCGUUACUAACCCACCUAGCCACUUAGACUUGGACAUGAACACUGAAACAUUGUCCUUGCACUCUCAUAUCAUGUCACAUACAAAAGGGCAACAUGAAAAGACUGACAUAAACACACAAAAUGGACACACUCACAAUCAAAAUCUUUCAGCUCAUGUUACAAAUACGCAACCAGACAAUAGAAACACACACAACCAACUGCAAAGAAGCACAAACACAAUCACACACAGCAUGCAAAGUAAGUUAUCGAUUACCGUAAAGUCACAACAUGACACACCUGAAACAGCACCUCCCAUCCCCACAACUGCAUAUUCUGCAGCAUCUACGGAGCUGUACAAUGACCACACCUACAAUGACACAGUCUUCAGUGACACAUACUCACCCCCUGAUACACACUUGUACUUUUUAUACUAUCUGUCCCAGUAUUUUAAUCUUGUGUCCUCCGUGCUCUUCUACCUCAGUGCUGCCGUCAAUCCUUUAUUGUACAACCUAAUGUCUGCCAGAUACAGACACGCUGUAUGCAGCCUCAUACACACACAGUCUCACACACAAGCCCGUCGCAUGCACACGCUCACAGUGCACCACUCCACAACCACUUUGUGA